AUGGCCUUCAGUGGAUUGGUUCUCCGGUUAUACAAUCGGCACAGUGUCUUUAUAUCAGCCAAUUUCGACGUAUUGUCCGUCGUCAGUCGGUACAUCAGAAGAUAUGAUUACAAUGUGUUUACUGUUGUCAGCAGAAUAAAUGUGUAUGUUAUUAUUGAGAAGGAGAAGAAGCUUUCAUUCAUCAACAAUACUCGGACAUGGGAUGCCAAGCCCCCCGCAUGCCUAACAGCUUGCUUGGGGCUCCGAUUAAGAAGUUCCGGCCCGGCGAGAUACACUCCCCUUAGCACGGUCCCCGGUGGCCCGACGAAGCUAGCCACUACUUGGGCGGACUAUGAGGAUGCCCCUGCCGUAGGCUUCGCGACAGCUGCUGAGGCUGUGACCACCAAGUUCUGGUGCUUCUAUCGUGUGGACCCGGAGCAUGACACGCAGGCGCGUCUCACUUUGCGUGGCGCUUGCGAGAGGUUGACACCGCAACAGUGGUACAACCAAAAGUUCACCAGCGCUAGUGCCUUCUGGGCUAACAAGGGUAAGAGGGUCAAGAAGGAGUACUAUGUUGGUAACGAGCCUACGGAGGAAUGGGCAAUGACCAUUGAGGAGUACAUGUCGGUUUGUCCCGAGUGGGCCGAGCAGCAUAGGGAGGCAUGGGAGGAGCUGAUUAGGGCGAGGUGGCUCAGGCAGGACGAGGAGUUUGCAGCCGUGUCGAGGCGUAACAUGGAGAACCGAGGCACCGGUGGCACACACUGCGCGGGAAACCGCGACUACACCCGCUUCAAGGGGAAAAAGGUGGCCGAGGCACCACCUGGGGUGGUGCUUCAUGAUGCCCAGAUAUAUGACAUGAUGCGGACGAAGCAGAAGCCCAAUCCCGCAUUGCCUCAGCCACAGUACUACGGCAAUGCCAAGGCCGCCAAGGAGGACUACUACGACAUGGUCAAGUCUCGUCACCCCGAGGUGGAUGACCCCUUGAGCAUUCCGGUCGACGAGGAGUCGUUGGUCCUGUCGGGGCACGGGCGUCCGCAUGGCCGUUUCCCUUGGAUGAAUAAGGCGGUCAAGCCUACCCACUCCACGAGCUACACGCGCCUCAAGCAUACCCUCACCGCCGACAGCCCCCAGCCUCGUCCACGGCCUGCUCGUCCACCCGCCUACGAUCCUGACUUCGAGGCGGCCUUCGAAGCCUGCAAUGAAGCGUAUCAGCAGGCCGCUGCCCAGUGGAAUAGGCAGAAUACGGCCUAUAUGACGUAUAUAUCAGUAAGUCUGAAUCUUUCUUCUCGCGCAAGUAGAUGA